AUGGAGGGAAAACGCCUUUCAGAGGAGUUCCUUGUGGAGAACAUAAGGAGCCAUAAGUGCCUGUGGGACCACACGGACAACUCGUACCUGAAGAAAACCCUGAAAAGAGCGGCAUACAAUACUAUCACGUGUGCCCUCCGAGACAGCUUCCCAGAACUUAGCAACAUUACAGCAGGGUUUAAAAGAUUGCUAAUGGCACACCUUGGUGAUAAGCUGUAUGAAUACUGCCAUGAGUACCGCAAGGUACAAGCAACCCCAAGCGGUUCAGCUGGCCACUAUACAUCAAAGUGGGACUUAUUUGAUGUUCUGUCCUUUCUGAAGGACAUAUUGAAUAACUAUACAACAAAGGCCAGUGAUUCCUUCACAGCUGAGGCAAGUGCGGCAGUGGACACCUUCUCCAUCGUCAUUCAUGAAGAUGUGACACAGGAGGCGUCCAUUGCAUCCCCCAGCAGCUCCUCAACUCCUUCACCUUUAUACUCUUACACCUCAUCGCCAUCUCCCUAUACUAUUUUAUUACCUUCACCGUUGUGUGAAGGUAAUACAGCUGAAGUAGAGGCACCUUCACUAGUGGCAGGCAGUGCAUUGCUGUCAACAGGAAUGACACCUGUUCACUCUUCUGGCACUACCCCAUCAAGCAAACGCAAGAGGAGACAUGGCAUAAGGCACAUUGAGGAAGAGUGCAGAGAAGCUCUACAAAACCUAAAUGAGGCAAAUAAAGAAAAAGAUGAUUUCAGUUUCAGUUUUGGCAGGAUGGUGACGCACUGGAUGCGUGACCUGCUCUCUGCUGAAAGGAUGUCAGCAGCCUUUCAGCUAUUGGGAGUGAUGAAAAAUUAUAAUUCAAGGCAAAAUAUAUAA